UUAACCUUAAUUUAAGGCAUGUGACGACUCAUAACAUUGCGAAAGCAGUGACAAGCAAGAAAACAUGAAGACUCUCUGUGUAUUGGUGCUGGCCCUUGGCCUGGCCGUGGCUAUGCCUUCAAACACUUGCCAUAAGAAGCUCCUGGCUCAUGGUUUCUCGUCCAACUUCAACGAGACGAUUGCCCAUGCCAUUCACUCCAUGACUGUGGAAGGGCUCAAGCUUUUCAACCCUAAAGCUAACGAGAAGAACACCGUACCUACCGUCAACAUGGACCGCCAUGCUGAAGUCAAUGUCGUCCCCUACGCUCCAGAAGACUGUGUGGGAAGUGACUUCACCUCUUUCACCAUGAAUACCUUCGAUAAGAUCCUCACCAACUACGGUCAAGACAACGACGGCCUCGGAGCAUUCUGGUCUCCUCUGGAGCGUGUGGCUCACAAGUUCCACAUGUGGGAUGUCUGGGUUACUAUUCAAACCGUAUUCGAGUCCAAAGUCCUUCCUAACCCUCCUAAAGACGAUGUGUGUGAUUGUAUCCUAGAUACAGAGAGCAACGGUAUCUACAAAGCCGUCAAGUGGGUCUCAGAUCAUUACGACAGUGGAACCCCCAUUACGCUCCUCAACCGUCCCAUUCCUAAGCUGGCUGAUGCUGCCUCUUGGGCCGUGUGGAAGGAGAGACUCCUCUGGUACUACACUGAGGGCAACCUCCUCGAUGCUGCUAACUACCUCUACUGUGCCACUAAGGACUUUUGAGCCCGGGCCCGGGAACUGAGAACUAAUUCUGAAUGUGUGUUUUAUGAAGAAUCCCCUCUAACUAUGUGCUAAAAUUGUUUUGUAAUCUAAAUGUCUGUUAUCAUGCUAGCUGCAUGCUUUAUAAUUAAAUGUGGUUAGUUGUGUAAA